AUGCGUGAAGCUUUUCCAAGUCUUCCAUUUGAUAACAUUACCGAAGAGAAGCUACUACUACUACUACUGCUAGCGGGCCGACCGUGCCCGACGGCGCACCACGAACCGCACCACGACGACGACCGGCGGCCGGACGAGCUGACGAUAAUCGGCGAAAAGAUAAUAAUUAAUCGUGAGGGUGAAACAAUUAAGCAAACAUUGGUGGAUAACGAGCAGGACCAGCCGACGCUCCAGAAGAAUGCUGUACUUGAUACUGACGACACAGCGCAAAGCCACGCUGGCCAUCUGCCAGCAGCAGUCCUUACGGCAGCAACAGCAGCAGCAACGGCGACGACCGCCACGACGUCACCCUCCGUCAGCUCGACGACCCAUCAUCAGCAUCAGCAUCACCAGCAACAGCAGCAGCAGCAGCACUCGGUGGCGGCAUCGGCCACCGCCUCGGCUGCCGCCACCUUCUCCACCACCGCGACCACCUCGAUCUCGAGCAGCAGCGGCACAGCGGCACUAGCGGCGGCUCCCGUUCCAUUCUCGGGCGAGCUGGAGGAGCUGCAGUACAUACUGCACUUUCCCGAGGAGGUCGCACUUCGCAUCACCGACAUGGAGUAUCAGCUGUUCUACCAGGUAUCGCCGGUAGAUUUCAUAAACGAGGCCAUCCUCGAGCUGAAGCGGGAACGGUGCGGCGUCGUCGGCGUCGGUGGUGGUGGUGGUGGCCGAGAGGGCGCAAGCUUCCAGUCGCCUUUUAGUAGCUUUAUAUCGUCACUGAAUCCCAUACGCAAACGAUUCGAUGAGACCAGCGCGUGGACCAACUAUAUUGUGCUCUCACAAGGUACACAAGACGAACGAAAAGCGGCCUUUGCAUGUCUGUUGCGUGUUGCUAUUUCAUGCUGGAAUAUCGGAAACUUCAAUGGUGCUAAAGAGAUAGUGGAUGGUCUGAAAUCAAUCAAAAAGGAAGCAUUCUGGACGUCGGCCACGGAUCGCACGGGACGGAAUACGGUGUACGAGUUUCUUACGACCGUGUUCGAUAGCUUCGAGUAUGAUAAUGCGGUUACGCGGGCUCUGGCCAUUCCCACGUGUCGCAUGAUACCGUACUUCCGGAACCACGUGGACGAGAUCAAAACCCUGCUGCUGACCGUGCCGCAGUCCGUUGGUCCGCCAACUUCCUCCGACGGUGGUGAGAACCCGGUGGAGAAGUACUUCCUCGGAGAGGUGAAACCACUCCCAUUGCGGGAAGAUGAGGAAUUCAUUGCGCGAUUGCUCCCACUGGCGUUGCCGAUCGAUUGCCGGGUACGGACACCAGUCCCCACGGAACCACCGGACAUCCCAUCGGACGAAUCAACCGAACCGCUACUGUUGUCCGACGAGCGGGAUGAGUCCGGUGUCGCGGACGAGGAUCGCGAAGAGCUGCUCGAGCAGAUACAGCUACGGGCGGAACCGGCCGUUAAUCGGGUGGCCACGUUCGUCGACCACCAUGACCAGCUGUGCCGGGAGCUGCCACACAGCCUACUGGAGUACCUACGGGCGGCGGCCAACAGUCCGCGCCAAACGAAAACCCCACUCUACAUCUACCAGCCCUCGAACCUGCAGGAACAGGAGGAGGACUACGAGGUGGAGAUCGGUAACUAUAAUCCGGUGCAGCCACUGUUUUACGACCACGGGAUCAGCAUCAUACCGCUCUCGUCCAAGCAAACCAAUGCCAUCGAUCAUCACAUACUGCAGAUUCUUCAUCACGGCACCACGUGUGUACUGUGGGAACCGGAGACACCGUCGGACCGGUCGUCCUACGUAUACCUGCGGCUGGAGCGCUCCUGUUCGUUUGUGUCGUGGCAGAGGACGGCCUGGCGGCGAAUUAAAUCCCAACAAGACUUUAGCCUUAACGUCAACCCGGAGGAGAUAGUGGCGUGGAAGUUUGCCAAUCGCUAUGCAUCGAAUGUCGGCGAGCUGGAGGGCCAGUGCCAGAAUCUGGACGAGGGCAUGCUGGAUCUCGGCACGAUAAAGGAAAUCAACAUGGGGUCGCGGAACCACGAGUACGACGCGGAGAUACUGGCCGCCGGCAAGCGCUUCGGUCUGACGCACGUCGAGUGCUGCGUGACGCUGCUGUACGGUAACUCGGCGAGCGAAAACCGGAUACUGUGCAUCCUCUGCCCGCCGAUGCUGUGCCGCGCGUGGUACGUCGGCCUGAACUGGAUGCUGCGGGGCAUCCGGCGGCAGCAGAUACUGAUCGACCGGUCGAUGCUGUGGCUGAAGGAGCUCUACAUACAGCUGUACUUCGAGGAGGGUGCCUGCAGCGAACCGAGCGUGGCCGAUGCCAUCAAAGCGUUCGGAGGCCGCUGUUACGGCCUGUCGUCCAUCAAGUCGUGGUCCGGUUCGCAGAUUAACGAUGCGAGCGAAACCACCAGUGCCGUCGCAAAGAAGGAUUCGUCGACGACGAAAAUACGCAAGAAGCGGUCCGUCGUCAAUUUGCUGAACCAAACCAACCCUGCCGGUAGUGCCGCUGCUACUGCUGCUGGUGGUGGCAGUGGGGGCGAUACAACGCCCUCCGACUCGAUGCUGCUGGACACGCGCGACUACCGGACCCGGUCCAUCGAGCGACGGCGCGAACGGAACGGCUCGAACGAUCAGCUCUGGCAGAACGUGAAGCAUCUUCGCAUCGGCUCGGUGACCUACGAUACUCAAUUAGAUUUUUUAAGCUUCGUCUCACUGUAUCGAUCAUUUAGCUUAAUUGCACGGCAGGACCUGCGUGAUAUUUUCGACCAACUCUCGGUGACGACCAUCUCAAGGACGGCCCUGAAUGGGGAGAAAAGCCGAAGUGCGCCGGAGUUAUCGGAGACCAUGGUCAAGCGAAAAAUCGGACUGUUGACACGCAACUGCUCACUGGACAUGGAUCUGACCGAGGCGAAACACACGCAGAAGAAAUACUUCGACGCGAUAGCAGCGUCCAGCAUCGCCCACAUCGCCGCCAGCAACGAUUUCCUUUCGUGCAGCAACAAAGUCAUCACGAUAUCGACGCUGAAAAAGUUUCUCGAAACGCGCCAGAUGGAAAUCAAAACCGAUGAGGAUGUGAAAGCCAUUAUACAGCGUCACGAACCGGAAGCGGCACAUCGCAUCGAGAACUGUCUCAGCUUCGAGGGAUUCGCCCGGUACAUGAUCGAUAAGGACAACUACGCGUUUCUCAGCGAAAUCAUGCCGGAAAGCACCUACAUGAACCUGCCGAUGUCCCACUACUACAUUGCGUCCUCGCACAAUACGUACCUCACCGGGCAUCAGCUGAAGGGCGAAAGCUCGGUCGAGCUGUACAGUCAGGUGCUGCUGACAGGUGCGCGCUGCGUGGAACUCGACUGCUGGGACGGUGACGAUGGUACGCCGGUCAUCUACCAUGGGCAUACGUUCACCACGAAGAUUCCCUUCCGGGCCGUCGUAGAAGCAAUAAAUAAAUCUGCCUUCAUACAAUCUUCCUACCCCGUGAUACUUUCCAUCGAGAACCACUGCUCGGUGCAGCAGCAGCAACGGAUGGCCAACAUCUUUCAGGCAAUCUUCGGUGAGAAGCUGGUGACUAACUUUAUGUUCGAUCAGGACUACAGCGAUGAACCAUACCUGCCGUCGCCGCUAUCGCUCAAGCACAAGAUACUGAUCAAAAACAAAAAGCUUAUAGUCGAAAUACCGGCAACCUUAUCAACCGGUUUAACACGACAGAACACCUUCAAACAAUCGAAUUUAUCCAGCAGAGCCAGUUCAAUUAUAUCAAACACUAGCGGUAGUUCGCUGAAUGAAGAGUUUAGCGAUGACGAGUAUGAGGAUGAUGACGAUUUUGACAAUAUUGAUGAAAAAACAUAUCAUACAACUUGGGGAUCAAUAGAAGAUAAGUAUAGGCAUAGUGUGUGCCAUUCCAACAUCACGCCGACAAAGUCGAAAGUCCAAGACCAAGACGAACGAUCCCGCAAGCGCAGCAACCAGAUUGCCCGAGAGCUCUCCGACCUGGUGAUUUACGUGCAAGCAAUAAAAUUUCGCGGCCUGAACCCCUACAGUCCGCACAACUCAAUACGUGCCAAUCCAAAGCAGCAGCAGCAGCAGCAGCAGCAGCAGCAACAGCAGCAACAGAGUCAACAAAGUCAGCAGAAUCUGCCCAAUGCGCAGCAAAUGUCGCAACAGCAGCAGAAUGUGCUGAAAACGAGCGGUUCGGUCGUGACGGUUGGGAGCAUACUGAAGAACAGUUCCGGCGACACGCUCAGCCUGCCCUCGUCCAGCCAUCUGUCGGACAGUCUCUCCCUGAGCUACGACGCGUCUAGCAUCAGCGGAAGCGAAACGCACCUGCCACCGCUAGCGAACUCGACGCGGAACCGAACCCUGCCGAACGCCAACCAUCCCUGCUACCAGUGUUCGUCGAUCAAUGAGGCGAGCGCGAAAAAGCUCUGCCGGAAGGAUCCGCUCGGGCUGAUCGCACACACCGAAUCGCAGCUGAUGCGGACCUAUCCCGCCGGUCUGCGGAUAGACUCCUCCAACUUCAAUCCGGUGUUUUUCUGGUCGUUCGGCAUACAGAUGGUGGCGCUCAACUACCAGACGGAGGACAUUCCCAUGCACAUCAACAAGGCGAUGUUUGAGGAAAACAACAGCUGCGGGUACGUGCGCAAACCGGACGUGCUGUGGAACCGGUCGCACCUGAUGUACCGACGGUACAGCCCGCUGGAGAAGGAGUUCGACGGGCUGCACGUGACGCAGCUCGUGCUGAACAUUGUGUCGGGCCAGUACCUCAACCAGUCCAGCCUGUACUCGAGCACGUUCGUCGAGAUCGAGCUGCUCGGGAUACCGGUGGACUGUGGCAAGCGCAAGACGAAGGUCAUCCGCAAGAACUCGUUCAAUCCGCUGUGGAACGAAACCUUCUACUUCAAGAUCAUGUUUCACGAUCUGGCGUUCCUGAAGUUUAGCGUUUACGAUGCCGAAACGGGACUCGUGAUCGCGCAGCGUGUAAUAUCGCUGAAAUGCAUUCGGCCCGGCUACCGGCAUGUUCGGCUCCGCUCGCCCACCAACCAGCCGCUCAACAUGGCCUCGCUGUUCGUGUACACGCGCGUGGAGGAAGAAAGUCUGGAUCGAUCGUACGACGAGAUCGACGAGCAGUACCUGCAGCAGCGCGGCGAGAAAAACCGCGGAGGCCGGGGAAACAACAGUGGCGCGGAAUCGAGCGAUGUGCCGGUGCUGUUCGAAGCGAGCCGGCUGGACGUGGCCAACAGCCUGGAGAGCAAGGUGCCGCAGCUGAAGCGGAAAAUGUUUUUUCUCACCGUGUACGACGUGGUGCCCGACAAGCCGUACACGAUCCUGAAGAUCACCCAGGAAAGCACAACGAAGGACGUGCUGACGCAGGCGAUGGCGAAGAUGAACAAGUCGGCUCAGGACAUGUCCAACUUCAUACUGAUUGAGGAGGUCUACCGGGGGUGGGAAAAGAAGGACCGCCUGCUCCCACCGAGCCAGCGCGUACUCGACAUGACGGAGAAACCGCUGCAGGCGCAGGGCCACUGGAAGGGCGAGGGCCGCUUCAUUCUCAAGAAGAUCGGCAACGAUCCGAGCAGUCGGGCGUGGGUUACCUCCAUCCGGCGGACGACCGAUCGGAGGGCGUCGCUCGCGGCCUCCAUGGCGGGAGCGGCCGGCGGCAGCGGCGCCUCUGGCGGACCCGGCACCGGGAAGGAACCGACCGCGGACGAUCUGCUGGCGCUCGAGAACGUGGACAACUUCCUCGUGUGCGUGUACAACGUGUCGCAGGACAUCCCGUACGCGAUAUUGCGCGUGCCGAUGAAAUCGACCGCCCAGGACGUGCUGGCACAGGCCCUACUGAAGGCGCGCCGACUCGACAACCCCAACAACUUUGUGCUGGUGGAGGAGCUGAACUACAGCAACAAGAGCAACGACACGAUGCAGCGCAUCCUGCUAGACGACGAGAAUGUGUACGUGACGCAGGCUAACUGGAAAACGAUCGGUCGUUUCGUCAUCCACGAGCGCAGCCAGCUGACGCCCUCGACGAUCCGCAAAACGAUCCUACCGAUCGAGAAGAUCAGCCGCGGAUUCAGCAUAAGCCGCGGAUCUUCGUCCUCCUCUACCUCGGUACACUCGCUGGCCUCCAAAUCCCCGAUACAGGUGGCGCUGAGCGAUCCCACGGCAUCUUCGUCCACGUCCAGGUUUAAGUCGCGUUCAGCCGGAGCGCACGAGUCGGCGUCCGGAUCGGGGUCGGGCGUGGGGACAAAGUCACGCCACCACGGACAUGGUCGGACAAAGUUCAGCUCGGAAAAGGAUACCUCGUUCUCCAGCACCAGCGCCGGCAACGCCGGCUCGAAGUCAGCCAAUCGGCGGGAGGUCCACUCCGAGGGUGAAACGCUCAGUGACGAGGAACAGAAAGAAUCCGACAUUAUGUCCACGAUGUCGCGCUUCAAGCGUAUGUCCAUCAAGAAGCUCAAAUCCUGGAAAUCCUAA